AUGCCGACGAAGACUUCGUCAAGACACUUGACGACUCGGCAGGCGGUGCUCGCGCACGUCGCAGACGCGGCCCAUGUCGCGUUGGGAGCAUCGGAGGCUGAACAAGCGUCGAAGACUACAUCUCCGGCUAAGCGACGCAAGAAGGACCUCACAGAGAGCGAGAUCGCACUUAGACGCGCAGAGACGGCGCGCAAGCGCAAGGACCUGUCUGAAAAGAAGCUGGAGGAUGAGAAGCUCGAAACUAUGAAUCGCCUGCUCAAACGCAAGGCUGGCGUCGGGCGCGGCAGAAAGAGCGCCGCUGCAAUAGCCGCCCUCGCCGCUGGAACGCCACUUGGAGGCGAGUCGGAAGUCGAAUCCGCCGAGCGCGAGCCCGAACCCGCCACGAUGUAUCGAUGGACGUCGGACGCGAAUGGCAUCAUGUUCUCUGUGCCACUGGCGGUUGCUCCGCCAGAGGAGGCAAAGCCCUCGCAGUCGAAGUCGUGUGCGGUGUCGGGGUGCGCUCAGCCGCUCAAGUACAGGUUGGUCCGCGACUGGACGAUUGGAGGAUGUGGAUUGGAACAUUUGCGUGCCCUGGAGAAGGGGGUAGUAUAG